GUGAAUAAUGUAUUAUUAGAACGAAUGAAUGGAACCCUUCCACUGAAAUACGAAAAUGAGUACGUGCAAGGUGAAAAUGGCCGUAUUUUAGCUACAGGACAUUACUGUAUGGAGGAAGAUCACAUACAACCAUGGUUAGAAGGAACUGAUGAAAGCAGAAUAGGAAGAGUGCAGCAAAAUGUAAAAUAUGAAUAUGGCGUAACGGAACUAAAAAUAAAGGAUGCACAAAUAAAUGGAAAAAGAACUAACCGCAUUUUGAAGGAAUCCACUUACGAUGCACAAAACUUCAUGGACAACAAUGACAUAGGGAAAAAUGGUAUACAGGACGGGAAAGGAUCUGAGAAAGUAGCAGGUGGGAAGAGUUUUAUUAAAUUAUUGGGCAAAAAUAAUAGAGAAGGAUUGGUGAUGUUGGCUGAUACUGGUAACAGUAUGUCAAAAGAACAGAUGCUGGAAAUAAAAAUGAGAACCGAAGAAAUCAAGAAAAAGGCAAAGGUGGAAAGCAAGUGUCCUGGAUUUGAGGAAAAACUUCAGAAGGAAAGUAAUACCGUAAACGGAGAUAACCUUUUAGCGACCUUAAUAAGGCAAUGGGCGGAUGACCAAGGAUCGUGCAAUAAGGAAGGAAUAUGGGAAUAUAUACAGAAAAUAUUUAUCGAUAUGGUUGAUACAUUUAGGUUUACAGGGGAUCCGGUGAAAAUGAUUUGUGCUGAUGUAAAAGGUACAAGUAGGGGAGGCCUUUUAGGAAGAAAGAAGGAAUACUGUAAAGCUAUGUUAAAAAUAUUCCUCUACAUAAAUGGGUUAACACAGAAUAUAACACUUAGGGAAACAAAUACGGAUAGAAUAAAAGGGGUAGGGGCCUAUUUAACAUGUUUAGUUGGCAAUGUAACUUUAAUAGACUUAUAUGGAGAACACUGCUGGUUUGAAGAAAUCGUGGAAUAUAUAUCAAAGGCAAUGGGGCCACACCUAAAACAGAAAAAAAUUCCAGAUAAUAGUGGAAUAUGUAAGAGUAUUGACUUUGGGAAAACAAAGAUUGGUACACAGUUAGUUGGUGUAAAAAUAAAAGAAUGGAUUGAGGACAGGAGGGUGAAAGAUGGUAAUAAUAAUGGGAUUAAUAGAUACAAGGACCUUAUGGAAAGUACGAGGCGUGAGAAUGAUUGUAAAGAACAUGAAGAUAAGGGAAGUAGUAAAAGUAAUGGAGGAUGGUUAAAUGUACAAGAUAUAAUGAAAAUAAAAGAAACAAUUAAAAAAGGGGAAUAUGUCACCAGGACAGAAGCAGACAAAAUAGUGGAAGCAAUAGAUACAAGUGGGGGAGAUGAUAAAAUAUUAAAGGAACUGGGAGAAAAGGUUGACGCGAAAAUAGAAGAGGAGAAGCAACGAAUCCCAGCCCAAGUCCCAGUACCAGAAGCUGUACCACGUCCACAACCAGUAUCACCAUCAUCGGAAACAGGUAAGAAAGAUAAGGAAGAACAUGAUAUGGGUUGCAUUGAUGAUAGCACAAUUGGCCAGGAAUCUACGGCGAAGUUUGGACAUGCCGGGGGCACUGUUAUAUUGAAGGGUCAGCACGUUAUAGAUGGGCAGAUUCCUUGUUCUGUUCUUAAGAAACUCCUAGAAGAACAAUCUACCGAGAAAUCUACUUCUUUUACUUCAGGUGAAAUACAGACAAAGAAGGUAGAUGCUCCCACCAGGAGCACUUCAGAUUCCCAAACUCCAAGCACAGAAGCAGACACUCAGGAACCUGCACCUUCCACUUCUAGUUCUGCUCCUGGCUCAGAUGGUCAAGGUCUGGGUGGAGGUAGUGCUGAUGGUGUUACCCAAACAACUACAAAGGAUGUUGGUGUUACUCCUGUUGCUAGCGGUGAAGCUGGUGUUUCUGGCUCUGGUCCCUCUGCUCUCGCUGAAAAGGAUGAUAAAGUUCAUAAUGGCACUGAUACUGAACAUAGGGAAGAUGGUGAAGAAGUUGAUCCGGAAAAAAUUGAAGAAGGGAAAGAUGCACAGGACAUAUAUCAUAGCUUACAGGAGUCACUUAAUCCACAUACUGAUGAAGGAGAAAGUUUGGGACAAACUCAUACAGAGAAGGAUGCAGAAGCAUCAGGAGCUGGUACUCUCACGCCUGGACAAGAUGUUGGUGUUACUCUUGGUGAUGGCGGUUCUGCUGAUGUUAAACCUUUUGAAGGUCCUGCUACGACUGAAAAUGGUGGUGCUCAUGGUGACCCUGCGGAAGGUUCUAUACCGAGUCUGCCGAAUGAUCCAUCAGUCCUUGCUGGAGGAGAAGGAGAAUCUGAUGUUAAAAAAGAGGAAAGUGAAAAAAGCAAGGCUAACCUGGACGGAGAAAGUGGUUACACUACCGAACAGGGAACUCUUACCAUUACUGAAACUCAACCUGAACAAUUUGUUGGUGUUUCUCCUCAUGUUGGUGGUGUUGAUGGACCUGACAGUAACCAUAGUGAAGGUCCUACUCCGUUGAGUAAAACUGAAAGUUUGGAAUCAAACGGAAGUGUACAUGAAACUACUAAUGAUACAACUCACAGUUUAGAAAAUACGAAUGGAGAUAGAGAAAAAGAUUUGAAGGAGCAUGAUUUUAACAAUAGUAAUAUGCAGAAUGGUGGGCACAAUUCUAAUCAAACUGCACAUGUAGAUGAUCACCACAGGGGUAGCAUCAGGGAAGAUGAAGCAGAAAGGGGAGUGCAUAUGAAUCAGGAUAAUUUUAUGAAAAAUCCAAAUAGGUACCAAUUAUAUAGCCAUAAUAAUUGGAUCCAUGAUAAAUUAGAUAUAAAUCAAUACAAAAACAGAGAUGUUAAUGCAGCAAGGGAAGAAAUUAUCCGUAUGUCUAAAGCACACAAGUGCAAUAAUAGUGUUUCUUUAAAUUACUGUAACUCUAUAGAAGACAAAAUGUCAUCGAACACUUGUUCUAAAGAGGAUAGUAAAAAUUUAUGUUGUUCAAUAUCGGAUUUUUGCUUGAAGUAUUUUAAGUUUGAUUCUAAUGAUUACCAUAAUUGCAUGAAAAAGGAAUUUGAAGAUCCAUCAUACAAAUGCUUUACAAAAGGGAGCUUUACAAACAAGGCUUAUUUUGCCGCCGGGGGAGCGUUUCUGAUACUACUGCUGUUAAUGGCCGCACAAAAUAUGAACAAUUAUGAGUAA